AUGAAAAGGCAAUUCCUUGAGAAGUUCUUCCCUGCUUCCCGAGCGGCUAACAACAGAAAGGAGAUCUGUGGCAUAAGACAAUUAAGUGGGGAAACUCUCUACGAAUACUGGGAGGGAUUCAAGCAACUAUGCGCCAGCUGUCCGCAACAUCAAAUUCCAGACCAACUCCUUAUCCAAUAUUUUUAUGAAGGGUUACUACCAAUGGAUAGGAGUAUGAUCGAUGUAGCAAGCAGAGGAGUGUUGGUGAACAAAACUCCUACACAAACAAGAGAGUUGAUCUCAAAUAUGGCAGCCACCUCUCAACAGUUUGGCUAUAGGCUCAACCCUCCAACAACUCAUGCUAACGAGGUAAACAUCUCAUCCCUAGAACAGAAAAUUGCAAGCCUGACCUCUCUUAUCUGUCAAAUGGCCACAGGUAAUACACAAAUGGUGAAGGCUUGCGAGAUUUGCUCAACUCCAGGACAUCCAACUGACAUGUGCCCUACGCUUCAAGAUGAACCUUACGAACAAGCUAAUGCUGUUGGAGGAUUCUUGCAAAAGAGAUACGACCCCUACUCGAACACCUACAAUGCAGGAUGGAGGGAUCAUCCCAACUUGAACUAUGGAACCAAGCCCUUCGGCUUCCAACAUCAGCAUCAAACCAGGCCGCCGGCUCCACCAUAUUCAGCCUCUCCCAACUCAGGUAUGUCUCUCGAUGAAAUUGUGAAAGCCCUUGCAACUAAUACUCAACAAUUUCAACAGGAGAUGAGGACAAGUAUCCGAAACCUGGAGAAUCAGGUCAGCCAGCUAGCGAUAGCUAUGAGUCGAAUGGAAUCCCAAUCAUCAGGGAGGCUACCUUCCCAGACCAUGACCAACCUGAAACAGAAUGCUAGCGCUAUCACAUUGAGAAGUGGGAAGGAGCUGAAUGAACCCAAUCAAGAAGCAUCCAAGGAUACAACCAAAAAGGAGACACCAUCUCCCUAA